AUGACCAAUGAUAAAAAGAAAUCAUUUCGACUUCGAAUAUCAAUACUUUAUUGUCUACAAUGUUAUCUACAUAAAAAUGAUUUUGGAAAAUCAAUGAUUGUUGAAACAUUUCUACCUCAAAAUGAGACGGCUGCUAAUCAAUGCACAUUUGGUCAUUUAUUAAUAAUUGGAUAUUUGAGUAAAGAUAUUGUAACGUCAUGGUGUUCUAGUAUUGCACUUGCACAUUUAAUUGCCGAUGAUGAAAAAUAUAAAAAAGCAAUACUUAAAGUUAUAUUGACAUUUGAUCAAUCACAAACAGAUGUUAAAACAUUAAUGGAAAUAUCACUGAAUUUAUUACAGAAUACUUCAUCUUCCUUUCGAAGUCGUGUUGGUGUACUCAUUUUUCUAUGUACGUGGUUAUCAAACUGUUCAUUAGCAGUACAAACAUUUCUUUCAAUUGACAAUAGCGUCCAAUACCUUGUUUCACAAAUAUGUGCUGAAUCAGUUACAGAUAAUCGUGAACUUCUUAUUCAAUCAUUAUGUUCAUUUGCAUUGGGUUUAUGUUUAAUUUUUAAUAAUAAUCAAGUCGAAUCAUAUUCAACUGAAUCACUUAAACGAUUGAUAUAUAAUCGAAUGGGUGCAGAUUUAUUUGAAGAAAAACUUCGAGUAUUAUCAAAAUUUGAAUGUUAUCUGGAGGCUUUACAAAAACCACAAUUAAUACUAUCAAAAUCAAGUGAUUUGAUACUUGAUUAUGAAUUCGCUCGUUUACAUCAAACUCUUCAAAGUUCUAUAUCAUGUAUUAUUCUCAGACAGGAUAUAAAUUCGAUAAUCCAAACAUCUAUUGACUCAAUGCCAAUAAAUCUUUAUAUACAACAGACAUCAACAACGAUAACACAAUCCGAUGAUUUUAUGCAAGAACGAUUUGAGCAAAUCAAUAUACACGAAAAAGAUGAAAAACAAUUGAUGCAAAACUGUGACCUGGAUAAAAUGAAAAUUUUACCUUUUGCACAACAAAUACAAGAAAUCAAAGAUACAAAAGCUUUAUGA